CAUAAAACUUUCUAAGAUCAAAGUAUAGGUCAGAAUAUAAAAGUUAAGAAAAUGUGUAUUUAUGAAUAUAUUUUAUUUUCUAUGUUAUAAUAGGAGGGAAACUGUUCAAACACAACAUUUCUUCAGACUCCUUUUUGGCUCAGAGACAAAUUUGACUUAAAAUGGCAAGUACACAGUACAAGAGAAGGACAGAAGAAAGAAGACAUGGCAGUCCAAAACAUGGAAUUAAAUUCCAUGUUUUGGGAGGUUGAACCUCCAAUGAACUUUUAUCUAAGUUCACUGGAGGAGCAAGUACGAUGUGACUUGAAGAACAGCGAGGCAACACUCACCCAGACUCCAUCUAAGGGGAGAGUCCUUCUAAACAUCAGUGAGGGCUGCCUGCAGCAGAUCCUGGAUCUUCUCCAAGAAAAGAACAAAAGAGAUAUGCAGAAGGAGAUGUGUUGCCUUACAUCCCAUCUGCAUGAAGCUAAACAGGGCCAAUCUCCAUGCAAGGAAACCGAGUUAGUAAAAUAUCUUCUUAUAAAGACCCACACCAAGCUGCAGAGUGCUCAUAGGAACCUUGACCAGCAGACCUCCAUCAUCAAUGAACAGCAAAUAAAGUUGGCACAUAUAGUGGACGAAAAAGAGGCCCUUCAAAAGGAACUAGAGGCUAAGAAGCUGGAGCUCCGUCAGAUGAUGGCAGGGGCUAAAGCCAAACGUGGAGUUGGCGUUACAGUUAGUUUGAGAAGCCCUCAAAAGACGAGGCCGCCAAAGCAAAACGUGUCUUCCACCAAGACCAGCUGGACCAUCAAAGAGGAGACCAACAACCUCUUGGCUGCUGCGAUGAAGGCAGAGCAUCUGCUGGAGCUGCGUUGCAUCGAGUGGCAGGUGGUAAAGACCUCCCUCCUUAAAACCACAGGCAACAGGCAGCAGGCUCUGCACCAACAGAAACAGGAGCGGGAGACUAGUGAGAGCGUCUGGAAGACCCAGCUUGAAGAUCUCCAGACCCAGAUCACCACGAUGAAGCGGAAGAAAAAGUGGUACAAAUGUUUCAUACCAUGCUGGUCAUUCAAAUCCAAGAUGUCUGACGACAAAGUAGUUGAUGAGAUGCUGGAGGAAGAUGACUCCAAACCCAAACCAAAGACAUUUGCUCCAGCUCCAACUGUGCCGAAGUUACCAGAGGGAGACAAAGUCGACUUCGAUGACAUCCACAGGAAGCGUCAGGAGAAGGAUCUGACGGAGCUGCAGUCUCUGAUCGAGGCCCACUUCAUUCAGAGGAAGAACGACGAGGCGGAGCUCGUCGCUCUCGUUACCAGGAUUGAGAAGCGUCGUACCGAAAGGGCCGAACAGCAGAGGAUCCACGCUAAGAAGGAGAAGGAGAGACAGGCUCGAGUUGCGGAAGAAAAGGAGAGGAAGGAGCUGGAGGAUGCCCAGAAGAGGCAGGAUGAGGACAUCAAGAAGAAGAAGGCUCUGACGAACAGGACUCAGCAGUAUGGUGGUGUCCAGCAGAGGCAAGAGGGGAAGAAGGGAGUGAAAAAGCAGACUGAGAGAGAGAAGAAAAAGAAGAUCUUGGCAGACAGGAGGAAACCUCUCAUCGUCGACAAUCUCAAUGAGGAAAAAGCUAAGGAGAAGGCCAGUGAGUUGUGGGAGUGGCUGUUGACCCUGGAGUCCGAGAAGUUUGACCUCAGCGAGAAACUGAAGAAACAGAAAUAUGAGAUCAAUGUACUCCAGUCCAGAAUCAGUGAGCAGCAGAAGUUCGCCAAAGGAGGCAAGAGCAGGAGAUAG